GGCUUGUCCAAGGAGUACAAGAAGGAGUCGACCGCUGCUAGAGUCCUCGGUGCUGGUUCCGCUGGUAUCGCCGAGCUCGCCGUCUUCCACCCCGUCGACACCAUCGCCAAACGUCUCAUGAGCAACCAGGGCAAGAUUGUCGGCAUGACCCAGUUCAACUCGGUCAUCUUCAAGGACAAGGCCACUGCUCCCGUUGGCACUCGCUUCUUCUCGCUCUUCCCCGGUCUCGGCUAUGCCGCCGCCUACAAGGUCAUGCAGCGUGUCUACAAGUACGGUGGUCAGCCCUUCAUGCGCGACUACCUGGCCAAGAACCACGGCGAUCUCUUCUACAACACUUUCGGCAAGAGCAACGGCAAGGCUAUCAUGCACGCCACUGCUGGCAGUCUGAUCGGUAUUGGUGAGAUUGUCAUUCUCCCUCUCGACGUCCUCAAGAUCAAGCGUCAAACAAACCCCGAGGCUUUCCGCGGUCGCGGUCUCUUCAGAAUUAUCGCCGACGAGGGCUUCGGUCUCUACAGAGGUUGGGGCUGGACUGCCGCCCGUAACGCUCCUGGUUCUUUCGCUCUCUUCGGUGGUAGCGCUGCUGCCAAGGAAUACUUCUUCAAGCUCUCCGACUACAACAGUGCCACCUGGUUCCAGAACUUCAUCGCAUCCAUCGCCGGUGCCUCUGCUUCGCUCAUCGUCUCGGCGCCUCUCGAUGUCGUCAAGACCCGUAUCCAGAACCGCAACUUCGAGGCCAAGGAGUCUGGUUUCCGCAUCAUCUCCAACAUGGCCAAGCACGAGGGCAUGACUUCCUUCUUCAAGGGUCUUACUCCCAAGCUCCUGAUGACUGGUCCCAAGCUCGUUUUCAGUUUCUGGCUGGCUCAGACUCUUAUUCCUGCUUUCAACAAGAUGCUC